UCUCUCUACCUUGCACAUUGCAUACGCCCCAAACCCGAAAAAAGCGUGCGCGUGUGUUUGUGUGUGUGUGUGUGUGUUGUCGAUGCGUUCGCUGCGUCGACGGCGACUGCGACCGCGACGGCGACUGCGACUGCGGCUGUCGACGCUGCUGCUGCCGAUGUAAAAUUUUAUUACCCCAAACGCAUCGAGCAGUCGGUUUUUGGACGUCCGGACUUCACGCCGCCAAAAGAAUUUGCGGCGCAAGAGUUUAUUGCAAUUCUCGCGCUACGCAAAGACAACAACAAUAACAACAACAACUACGAAAAACGACGACAACAAAUAUCAUAAAACAAAAAAAAAAAACAAAAACAAAAAAGAAACAACAACAGAAAACUUUACGCGGCAUCAAAAGUUAAAAACAAACUUUUGCCAAACUACGCGACGCGCGGCAAAACUAAAUAAAGUUCAACUGCAGCCGUCGUCGUCGCUUUCUCCCCGCCCCGCUCUCGUCUUCCUGCUGCUGCAUUGCCAAAAAAAAUAACGAAGAAGAAAAGGCAAAAAAGAAAAAAAGAAAAAGAAUUUAAAGCGUCGCAGCAGCAACAAACUUUGUUGUUGUGCUCGGCCUAAAAACAAAGUCAAAGUCGAAAUCGAACUCGAAGUCGAAGUCGAAGUUGAUUCGAAGUCGAACUCGAGGCAAAGUCCAAGUCGAUGUUGAGUGCGCGCGUUAAUUGAUAUUGCGUAUACGUCGCGAUCAAAUUCAAAAAAAAAUUUGUUUUUUUUUUUGACCAACACAAAACAAAAUAACUUUUUCCGGACCCCUCAACUAACAACAACAACAAAAUUUCGAAAGUGCGUGCAAAAUAUUCACAAAAUUUUUUUCACUAUUUUUGUUGUUUAGUUUUGUCACCAAAGUUUUUUGUGAGUGUGUUUGUGUUUGUGUGUGUGUGAGUGCAAGUGCAGCAUGUUGCCCAAGUUUACAGCAAACUUGCAACAGCAACAACAACAGCAGCAACCACAGCUUCAACAACAGCAGCAGCAGCAACACCAACAACAGCAACAAGCAAAUCAAAUGCAAUUCAACUAAAAAGUGCAGUGAAAAUUCUCAAUAAACAAAAAAAAAAAGGACAAUCUAAUAAAAUACCGAAUUAAAUUAAAUAUCUAAAAGUGAAAAAAACAAAACGUAAAACGUAAAACGCAAAAAUCUCGCAAUUCUCAAAUAGGCAUUUUUUUGUGUGACAUUGGCGACUGGCAACUGACUGGCAACAAACAAAUAAUGGCGCUGUCUAAGCGUCCGCUUAGCAAGGAGACGCCCUUGGUUGAUAGCAGCAGCAGCAACAACAGCAACAGCAGCAACAGCAACAACAACACUGAGCAUGAGACGGCGAUCAAGCGACGCAAACGCUGCAGUCGCGACGAUGAAUUCGCUGUCAGCAACAACAACAACAAUAACAACAAUAGUGUUAACAACAACAACAACAACAACAUGUUGCCACAGAAGAAGCGACAAUUGUGUAAAGCAACAAUCGGCGAGAGUCCAGCAAAGACAACAGCAACCACAACGGUUGCUGGCGUGCAACAGCAACCACAACAGCAACUUCAGAUGGAUGCCGCCGAGCAGGACGAUGAGACGCUGAUACGUGAGACGCAGGCGGCGUUAAAAAGUUUAUCCGGCAGUUGGCCAGAUGCACGAACGAAUUUGUAUCGAUUGCAGGAUCAAGAAGAUGAAAAUCCGCCGCCGUUUCAGAAUCUGUUCGAGGAGAAGCAAAAGUACGAAUCAAACAACAACAACAUGAAUACAAACAUGAACAACAAUCACGAACACGAACACAACAACAUCAAUAACAACAACAAUAACAACAACAAUGACUAUUUCGAUGAAAACAAUUCAACAACACACACAACACUUUUGCUACGUUUCCACAGGCAAAAGGAGAACGAUCAGGCGCGUCUCAAUGCAUAUCCACCUCCACCUCCUCCACCCCCCCACCAUCAUCAUCAUCACCAUCAUCUGCAUCCGUAUGCUCAGCAACAGCAGCAGCAACCACUCCAACAGCAACAGCAACAACCACUCCAGCAACAGCAACCACUUAAAAAGGAUUCACUCGAUGUUGCUGCUGCUGUUUACGCUGCUCAAGCGACGUCCGCUUUCAAGCCGCCCAUCGACAUCAUCAAACGCAACGGACAAUUGGCUGCUCAAGCUCAAGCUCACGCUCAGGUUCAAGCUCAGGUUCAGGCUCAAGCUCAAGCUUAUGCUCAGUAUACAUCGAGUGCUUACAAUGCUGCUGAAGCGUAUUAUGGCUAUGCGGCAGCAGCAGCUGCGAGCAACAGCAGCAGCAACAACAACUUUGAGCUCGCCUCGCCCACAGAUAAAAAGGGCACGGCCACGCCCACCAAAGAGGAGCUGUUGCUCGAUGCCAAACAGUAUACGAUAUUGCAGCCAGCGGGCGUCGGGAGUCGAGCUGCCUCCGUCAUGCAGGACAUUGCGCGCGAGGGCGUUGUGGGCGUGCCCCUGGUGGCAACGCCGCCAAGCACAGCAGCAACAGCAGCAGCAGCAACCACGACAUCCACAACAGCAGCAACCACCAGCACACCAACAGAUGCAGCAGCAACAGCAGCAACCACAACACCGACAGCAGCAACAGUUGCAGCCACGCCUACGCCGAGUUAUUCGCCGAGCAGUCAGCAUCGCGCUGGAGAACUGGAGAAGCAUGAAAAGGAGCUGCAUCCGCUGGACAAACUCAAGCUCACCUCAACUCACUAUCUAAACAACAACAACAAUAACAACAACAACAGCAGCAGUUGUAUUAACAACAACAACAACAACAACAGCAACAUCAAGACGAUGCCCAUUAUUAAAUCGGAAUACAGUCCGGUGGCCAGCAUCAAAUCGGAGUAUAACAAAAGUCCCAUGCACUCGUAUUUGGCUAACGAUGCUGCCUCGGCGGCAGCAUCAGCGAUACCCAACAGCGCCAACAGUGCACGCGGCAGCAACAACAACAACAACACCAGCAACAACAGCAAUGUUGCUGCCAGCAAUGGAGUUGCCAGCGAACCGCAUUUGAGUCGCUACGUUGGUCUCCACAGUCCACAGCCACAGCAUCCACAUGCCCACCACCAACAACAACAGCAACAGCAGCAACAACAGCAGCAACAGCAACAUACGCUGCAUCAGCAACGCGGACCUUUCAUCGAAGGCAACGCCAGUCAAAUCGAUCCCACAGAUGCAGCCAGCUAUCACAGCGAACAUCAGCAACAACAGCAGCAACAAGCAGAUGAACGACAGCAACAGUAUGAACAGAUGCGAUAUGCACAAAGUGUUGGCCAUGGCUUAGCAACCAGCGAUGCCUCAGCCGAACAGCAGCAGCAGCAACAGUUGCUGGCAAGCAAUGCCAGCAGCAGCGAAUUGUCGCCACGCAGCCACGCUUACGAUCCUCACACAACGCAUCCGCACUCGCAUCCACAUCCGCAUCCGCAUCCACAUCCGCAUCCGCCCACUUCGAGUGUGGCGCCCGUGUUCGUUGGCCUUGGCAUCGGGGAUUCGGUCUCGACCGGCGGGAGUUCGACUGGCUUCGAGCGUUACGAUCCCAAUUGCGGACAGCAGCGACAGGCGAAUGCAACAGCAGCAGCAGCGGCUGCUGCCGCGGCGGCAGCAACAGCGGCGUCGGCCACGCCCACGAAUAUGUAUCACUAUUUGCCACAGAGUGCGGACGAUUUGCAGGUGCAGCAGCAAAAGUAUCUGCAGGAGCAACAGUUGCUGAUGGCCAAGGCCGAGCACGAGGAGGUCGCCAAUGGAGGAGGUGGUCCAAUUUAUCCCCGUCCCAUGUAUCACUAUGAUCCGACGAUGGGUCCAUUGCCGCCGGGCUUCUCCGCCAUCAAUUUGUCCGUCAAAAUGGCCGCUGCUCAGGCGGCAGCUGCAGCGGCUGCCUAUCAAAAUCAGCAGCAGCAACAACAGCAGCAACAGCAGCAGCAACAACAACAGCAGCAGCAGCAACAACAUCACCAGCAACAACAGCAGCAACAGCAACAACAUAGCAAACAGAGCAGUUCGCCUACGCCGAAUGUGGGCGUGGCAGCGCCAGCUGUCGACCUGUCGGGCGCCACAUCGGUGACGUCAUCGAGCCCACACGGUUUCAACUCGCCCGCAUCGCACAACCAAUACAACAACCAGCGAAUGGGCAAUGGAAGUCCACAGCCUGGAGCCAGUCCCAACAUUGCCAGCCCCCAAGUGCCCAGUCCGCAGGGUCAAACGCUGGACUUGAGCGUCACCCGUUUGCCGCACAGCAUCAUCACGAGUCCACAGUACGGAGCCGACGGCCUUGUCGUGGGUCACGGCCAGGGCUUUGGCAGUGCUGCCCCCGGUUCAAUUGGACCAAACGGACCGCCGCGAUCACCGCAAAUGGAGCCAGUGGACUUCAGUGGACCCCCGCGUCCCCUUGGCUUCGGCCUCGUGGGUCACAUAAGUGGACCACGCCCCUACAGUCGCGAAUCGACGCCCGACAGCGGCGGAUCUCACUACAUCGAAACGUAUCGGGAUCCCAGUGGUUAUUCGCCUCAUCCCGGCUAUGGGAUGGUUGUGCAAUCAGAUUAUCCACCAGCCGGCUAUCAUGGCUACGGACCGGCGGCCUAUCAAUGCAGCAAUCCGUAUGCGACAGCCGUCGGACCCGGCGGCUAUCCGACUCCCGUCUCCGGCGGCUAUUCGCCCAGUCCGGCCACCUGCUACUCCAUGCCACCGCCACAGCACAUACCGCAGCACGACAAGACCAAAGAUGGUUUGACCGGUUGCUCGCGUUCGGAUCGCAAUCAUCUGCAAUCGCACUCGCAGGAGCUGAAGUGCCCGACACCCGGCUGCGAUGGCUCUGGCCAUGUGACUGGGAACUAUUCCUCACAUCGCAGCCUCUCCGGCUGUCCGCGAGCCAACAAACCGAAGAGCAAGCCUCGCGAUGGCCAGGACUCUGAGCCGUUGCGUUGCCCCAUCCCAGGCUGCGAUGGCUCCGGACAUUCCACCGGCAAAUUCCUCUCACACCGAAGUGCAUCUGGCUGUCCCAUUGCCAAUCGCAACAAGAUGCGCGUCCUCGAAGCCGGCGGCACAGUGGAACAACACAAGGCAGCGGUGGCAGCGGCAACAGCCAUGAAAUUCGAUGCUUGCACUACAGUGGGCAGUCAGGGCAUCAAGAAACCCAAGUUCGAUGAGGUGACCAUGGUUUAUCCCAAAGGCUAUACAGGUGGCGCUGGACUCGACAUUGUUAUGGGCGGCGUUGGCGUCGGCGUUCCGCUGCCGCCAGGCAUUAACAACAGCAGUGUUGGCGUUGGCGUUGGCGUUAACGUCGGCGUUGGCAGCGUGCAAGGCGAUAAGACAACUGUGAGUGUGAGCGGCGGCAGCGAUGAUCUGAAUACGCUGGAAGCGGAAAUAUCGGAACUGCAGCGUGAGAAUGCACGCGUUGAAUCGCAAAUGAUGCGAUUAAAGUCGGACAUCAAUGCGAUGGAAUCGCAGCUGAGCACCAGCGAUCGGGAGGCUUCUCCACUGAGUGCCCAUCAGCAACAGCAGCAGCAGCAACAACAGCAGCAACAACAACAGCAACGUGCAGCUUCGUUGGCCUCGCCCAGCGGCCAGUCACCCUUUGCCGGCGUCUCCUCCACCACCUCCUCGAAUGCCAAUGCCAAUCCCAAUCCAUCCAACAACAGCAACAACAACAAUAACGAGAACAACAACAACUCGGAUCUGGUGCAUGUGGCAAGUGCUGAUGCAGCUGCUGCAUCGACUGCGCCCAAUGCGAAUCUCAACAAUUAUUACGAGAGUCUGCGCAACAAUGUCAUCACAUUGCUAGAGCAUGUGCGUCUGCCACCGCCACCGCAGCCGCCACCGCCGAGCAUCACAGCAGCAGCAGCAACCACAGCAUCAUCGGCAUCCACCGACAAUGGCUGUGGAGGAGGGAUGGGAGUUGUCGGAGUUGUCUCGGCCACCGAUCAUCAUCAGCAUCAUCAUGCUGCCGCUGCGGCAGCUUAUUCGACGCUCUUGCCACCGCCACCGCCGCCACCACCGCAUUCUGUUUCGGUCUCGGUCUCCACGUCAGCUGUGUCAACCACGCCCAUGUAUGGAGGCGGAGGCGGUGGUCAGCAGGGAGCGGGAACGGGUCAACCACCAGCAACAACAACAACAGCGGCGCCACCGCCACCGCAUCAUGCGUAUACGGUGCAUCAUCCACAUGGCGGCUAUCCGCAUCCACAUGGCGCACAUCCGCAUCCACAUGCACAUCCACAUGCGCAUCCGCAUCCACAUCAUCCGCAUCCACAUCCGCAUCCGCAUCCCCACGAACAUUUCGAUUCGUACAUCUCCAAGCUGCAGUCGCUCUGCGUUCCGCCCGAUGUCUAUGCGCUGCCCGAGGAUGCGGGACGCACAGUCUACAACUCCGUGAAGCCGAGCAUGCAUCAGGAUUACGGCAAACUGAUGCCCACGCCCAUUUAAGGUGGGUGCCUUCUAUGGUAUUUUAUGCAACUUAUGGUAUUUUAUUCAAAUGUUGGUAUUUCUUUCAAAUUCAAGUAUUUUAUGCAAUCAAGAGUUGGUAUUAAUUUCAAAUGUGGGUAUUUUAUUCACGUUUUGGUAUUUUAUACCAAUUUUGGUAUAUUAUUCAAAUGUUGGCAUUUUCUUCAAGAUGUGGUAUUUAAAUCAAAUGUUGGUAUUUUAUUCCAAUGGUGGUGUUUUAAUCAAAUUUUUUCCAAAUUAUGGUAUUUAAUUCAAAUG